AUGAGACCAAGCGGAGCUCCAGGCUGGGGCGAGCUUCCACUUGCAGCGCAUGCGAGAAGGAAAGUGUCAUGGGCCGCUGGCCUUCUGCUGCUGCUGGUGGUCUGGACCAGUGGCUGCAGGAGCCUGGCACUGGCAGGGGUAGCAGGGCCUCGAGCUGGGAAGUGCUUCAGCUUAGCAGCAGGCGAUUGCGAUACAUUGGAAGAAGUUCGGAGGAAGAACAAGCAGCUUCGUGUACAGUUGGGCAAGUCUCCUUGGCCUAUUCUGAAAUGUUUUUCGGCGAAUGGACGAACCUACAGCCUGCCAUUGCGAGCCGAGAGCAGGGACUUGCGGCGUCUGCCAUCGGAGCCCGUGCUGGCUUUUAUGGCUGGCUUCUUCGAUGGGGAUGGCUGCGUUUCAUGUAAGUCAAACUUGUCGGGCUGUUUUUUACAGGUGCCUCAGUCCUUCGACCAGACCGAGAUUCUGAUGCUGUUUCAUGAGAUUUUCGGGGGAAGUAUCACGCUUCACAGCAGCGGCCUGGGCCUGCGCAAACCUGCUCUUCGGUGGGUGGCGUGUGGCCAAUCUGCCCGAAAUGCAGCUCAGCUCUUGGCCCGGCACAGCAUCACCAAACAUAAGCAGCUGUUGUUGGCGGCCCAGUGGCCUGAGGCGAAAUCCGACAGAAAAGACUGCAAGGCCGAGCUGCGUGCGCUGAAGGAGUACGACUCGGCCGUCGCUGGUACGUGCAGCUGGGAGUACUUCAGUGGCUUCUUUGAUGCAGAGGGCUGCAUCAAGCAGCCGAGUGGAGGAGCUUCUCUGGAGCUGCGGAUUGGGCAAAAGCAUCCACGGGUCCUGGAGUGCCUUCGCGAUUUUCUGGCCCGAAGCUUAGGCAAAGAUGCGACGCUUGCAAAGGCGGGACCGGGAGCGUCUGUACACUUGCUUUGGAUUUGUGGUCUGACCUCCUGCAACCAGAUAAUGCAACACCUCUUGGCUGCUGGACUGCUGUGCAAGGCAGAACAAGCAAAGCUGGUGUUAGGUUUGACGACGGAGACUGCGGCCCAAGUUGAUGCUGAGCUCGGGCGCUUGACUGGGAACCAGAUGUUUGGGAAGAGGCUGGAUGCUGCUGGCCGACAAAGAGCGAAGAAGAUCGCAGGUGCACGAAGGCAUCGUGCCGAAGCUCAAGCCAAGCUUGCCGAGGAGCACGAGCUCCUGAAUGCUGUUCAGGAGAACCAGCAGUUGCUUCAGUACAUAAGCAAAGUGCAAAGUUUGCACGACAAUUCGUGGGAAGGCCCGCGCAUGUGGAAUGUGACC